AAUUUUAGGAAUAGUUGGCCUAGUUGAAAAUAGAUUCCCAAAAAAAUCGAUUAUAUUUUAUUGAAACAAUAAACCUAAAGAAGUCUUCAAAUCGGGUCAAGAUGCCGCACAUUAAGCAGACCCCUCACCAAAAAAUGAUUGGCAAGGCGCCACGCAAGCCCCUGACACCGAAGGUAACCCGCAAGAUGGCACCACCUGGGUUGCCCGAGGUGAGGCAACCCCAUCGGUAUCGACCCGGUGCAGCUGUGCUGCGUGAGAUACGUCGCUAUCAGAGGUCGUCGGAGCUGCUCAUCCACAAGCAGCCCUUUCAGCGUUUGGUGCGUCAAAUAAGCCAAGAGUUUGGCUGUCGGAUGCGCAUCCAGCCGGCGGCCCUGGCUGCCAUGCAGGAGGCUGCCGAGUCCUAUCUGGUUGGGCUGUUUGAGGAGUCCAAUCUGUGUGCGCUGCAUGGCCAGCGAAAGACCCUUAUGCCCAAGGAUCUGUUGCUAGCUCAGCGUAUAAGGGGUGACAAAUAGUCACGAAUAUUUGAAUAUUCGUUCGUUAGCUGUUUCGAAUGCUAUUAGUUUCUAGUUCAAAAUGUUUUAAAAUCCCCGCACUAUAUAAGUAGUUAACUGAAGGAAUAUGAUGCCCAAAAUCAAUUAUUUUUCAUGGCUUGAUAUUUGUAUAGUUCUUUUUGCUCAGAUGACGGAAUUAGCCCGUUCGGACUACUAUAUCAUUAAGCUGUGCUAGGAAGAAUAGCGAAUCACUAUAUCAUACAGCUCUAGAGGAAGAAUCGGUAAAAUAUGAGUUUUUAUAUGGAAAACCUCCGUUUUUAUACCCAUGCAGAGGCUAAUAGCCUCUUGUGUCAUGAAAGAGACAUAUCCGACCCCAUUAACGAUAUACAGUAUGUCAAGAAAAUGUUUUGACAAAGCAACAAAAUUCAUAUUUUCCAGAUUAAUAUGCAAUUUAAACCACA